AAUGCUACAAUUGAUAAAACAAUACAUUUCAGAACAUACUUAAGAAAAGGAAAAGAAAAUUGGUAUUAAUGUUUCUUAAUAAUAUAUUUAUAGUUUAAUAUUUAGAAUAAAGUUAAUUUUCAUUAUAUGAAGAUCUGUUGAUUUUGGAAAUAAUGUUAAAUGAAAAAUUAACCUAUUAACAUUUUGAAUAAUUAUCAUCAAAAUGUCAUAAUAAGACACCAGAUGAAUUAAAACUUAGAUAUAUUAAUUGCAUUAAGAAAUUAACAGAAGAAGAUUUAAAAUAAAUUAUAGAAUUUAUUAAAAAUAAUGGUUUGGAGGGAAUAUUAUUUUAUGACAAAAAGGGAUUACAAAUUUGUAAAAUCAAUGAGGAAAUCAAAAAGAAAAAGGAUAUAACCUUAACCAAAAAGGGAAUCAAACUUUCUGAGGAACCUUUGUUGAAGAAAAAGAUUCGAAUUUAGCCAGAAGUAUAACCUUAACCAUAAAACUAUUAUUAACUUACUGAUCUAUAAAAGUAUAUUUUAUAUAGUACUAAUCCUACCUAUUAAGAAUAGAGGUUUCCAACUAAUCCUAACUAUUAAUAGUCGUAGAGGUUGAAAUAGGAAUAAUUUUAGAAUGCUUUACACGAUUUGAGCAUAUGGUACGAUAUCCCAUUUGAGAAAAUGAUCUCACUUCUCAAGGCAUGUUCAGGAAGCUUUCAUAAUUUGAAAUAAUUCUUGGAAAACAAAAAUUAUUUUAUUUAUUGGAAGCCUGAAGAGGAUCAGAAAUUAAAAACUAAAGAAGAAAUCUAAUCUUUACACUUAACAAAAGGAGUGUUAGAAGUGGAGAAAAGAAAACAGUGGUUACAAUUUGAGUGA